GUCAAUGUCACUUAAUAGUCAUGUCUGUAAUAUGGAUCUGUGCAAGUUGACGGUUUUUGCAUUAAAUUUGUAUAUAAAAUAAAAAAUAUUAAUCUCAAAGUGAGAAAAUUAGUAAUAACGAUGAAUUCUUGACUAUUUUGUAUAGGCCUUUUUAAAAUAUAUACUAAAAAGAUAACAGUCUUUAAAAACUAAGGCAAUGAGUAAUAGAAGUAAACAAGAGGAUAUGGAUAUAACAGCGGAAGGAAAUCUAUUGGAACAACCAAAAGAGGUGAAAGUCCCUGUACGAAAUCCUUUAAUAAAGAUGCGCACAUAUGUACUUGCACUCCGGCCUUGGUCAUUGAGUGCCAGUUUAUUGCCUACUUUAUUAGGCGCUGCGCUGGCAUACCGGUUACCAGGCGAAACAGGCUUCAGUUGGCUCACCUUGCUGCUUACAUUAUGUACCGUUAUACCAGUUCAUGGUGCUGGUAAUGUUGUUAACACUUACUUCGAUUUUGUCAAAGGAAUAGAUAACCGUAAAUCAGAUGACAGGACUCUAGUCGAUCAUAUUCUAAGUAUUGAUGAAAUUGUCUCACUUGGAGCAAUAUUAUAUUUUGCUGGAUGUACCUUUUUCGUUCCACUGGUAGUCUCAUCACCAGCACGAAUGGAACAUCUGGCAUUAGUUUAUUUUGGAGGACUAUCUUCAUCAUUUUUAUAUACAGGUGGUAUUGGUUUGAAGUAUAUAGCUCUUGGUGACAUAUUAGUCUUAGUAAUAUUUGGCCCUGUAUCAGUUGUCUUUUCAUUUCUGGCACAAACAGGGCGGGUAGAUUGGCCUAUCAUCUAUUAUGCUAUACCACUUGCUUUAAAUACUGAAGCUAUUUUACACAGCAACAAUACAAGAGAUUUGGAGACAGACAGCAAAGCUGAAAUAGUUACAUUGGCAAUAUUAAUUGGAAGAACAGCUUCCUACUUGCUUUAUGCCUUUUUACUAUUUACUCCUUAUAUAAUGUUUGUAGUUGCAUCAGUUAAAUGUUCAUUUUGGUUUUUAUUACCUGUUCUUACUUUACAUAGAGCAUUUGAUAUUGAAAGAAGGUUUAGGAGCCCAGACACAAUGAGAUGUGUCCCACGACAAACAGCUAGACUUAAUUUUUACUUUGGCAUGCUGUAUAUGAUAUCUUGUUUAUUUGCUUAUAGACUUCCUUUCUUGUUACGAUAAAAAUCAAUAAUAUAUAAUAGGUUGACCAAUAUUACAUAGUUAAUUAAAAUCUAAAUAUGUUAAUGAGCUUAUGCUUUUAAAUAAAAAUUAUCUUAAUCUUGCUAUUAAUCAAAACGAUUUUUAUUUCAUCUUGUGACAUAUCAACCACCUUUGAUCUUAUUAUCAUUUAAAUGUGAAUGAAUAUGUAUUUGAAUUUGUAAUAUUGCUUUAUUCUCAGUGAAACACAUCUGAUAAAGUGAUCAUUUCCAUACAAAAAUUAUCAGUAAAAUGCAUUGUGUCUCAUCUUUUGAGUGUUGUAAGAAAUACAGUAUUGUUAAAGUGUAUGAAUAAUAACUACCUCUUACUUUAGACUUAUGAAUCUUGUUGAAUCUUAAUGAUGGUGCAUGUUUAAACUACAGUGUAAACUCCAUAUAACAUAAAACUCCUUAGAGAAUAUACAUACAUAUACAUACAUAUAUAUAUAUAUAUAU